GAUAUCAUCUCUGCUCUGACAGGCUCCAGCCACCCCGCUCCCUCUCCGUACGGCCCUGUCCCCCACCCCAGCGGCUUCCUGCCUCCUAGCCAUUUGGCAGAUCCUUUCAGUCGCUCCAGUUCCUAUGGCGGCCUCGGCAACCUUUCAAGCAGUGCCUUCGGAGGAUUAGGCAACCCCUCGCUUGGGUCCAACAGCGUGUUUGGCACCAAGGAGGGGCCAGGAGGACUGCCCACAUUUGGCAGCCCCCACCACGACACCUGGAACAGACUUCGACGAACCCCACCAUCGUUCCCCACCCCGCCACAGUGGCCCAAAACCGCAGACGCUGAGAGAAGCAACUCAGCCAACAGCCAUGAGAGAGAGCGGGAGAGAGAACGGGAAAGAGAAAGAGAAAGAGAGAGGGAGAGGGAAAGAGAGAAAAGAGACUCGUCCAUCGGGAAGGAAGAGAAGGAUAAAGACAGGGAUUCUGUGGAUCGCAACCGCCACUCCAAUCGUUCAUCUCCAGCCUCUGCACCUGUCAGCUACCAGAUCAGCAGCCUGAUUCGCUCAAACAGCCAGAACUCCUGUGAUUCGGGUCGACAUCACAGCGGCAGUGUAGAUCGAGUUCGUGAGGCAGAGAAGGAGCUGCUGGAGCGCCACAGAGAAUCUUCUACGUUGGGUGACGUAAAGGUGAAGGAGAGCCGCUCGCCCAGCAAGGAGAUACUAGAGAGGAGAUCCUCUGAAGACUCCAUCAAACCCGCCCAACGUUCUCCUUCCCCAUACUCCAAGGCCGUGAUCAAUGAGCAGGGCAUGAAGAUGGCAGGUGGGCCCCCGCCUACACUCAAGGACAGCGAAAGGAAAGAGCCCCCGCCUGCAGAGCUCCUCCACAAGGUGAAAAAUGACAUGAAGAUUAAGGAGGAGAGAAAGGAGGAGCAGGAGGUCAUGGUGGUGAGUUCCGAGCCCGCCCCCCAACCACCAGCCCAGGCUCUCCCUGCUCCCAUCAGCCAACCUGUAAACCCACACCACCACCACCCACCUCUGUCCCACCAGCCCCCUCUUCCCUCACCACGUGGCAGUGACAUUCCAGCACCUGGCUUGCAUGGUGUUCCCAUGGCACACUCUCUGCCCCUUUCCAUGAGUGCCAUGCCCCAGAUGGGCAGCCUCAAUGUGCUAGACCGGGCUCGCAUGGCUCCUUUCAUGGGUGUGAGUCCUCUGGCAGGAAGAGAGCGCCUGCCCCACCCGGCCUUCCCUUGGGACCCACUAAGAGAGGCCUACCGCAGCCUGGACCUGCAGCGACGCAUGGACUUCCAGCUCAGGGCUGAGCAAGGACAUCGUUUCCCCAGUGUGUACGAACAGGAACGAGCCUACCGCGAAAGGGAGGCUCAUGACUACUCUCACCACGAGCACCUGUUGGAGGUGCGCAGGGAGCACGAGAGGAUGAGACAACAGGCGGAGGAGCGAGAGCGCCUCCACCUGAGGGAGGAGCUGGACAGAGCACGCCUCCAUCAACUGCACCAGUCCCCAAUGGAGGGCCAUCUACCCCACAUGCCCCCCUUUAUGCCCCACCUAGGCGGCAUGCCCUAUCCCAGACUCAGCCCCUCUACGGGACACAACGGCCCUCUGAACAGAACACCCCCUACUGCCGCACUCAGUGCACCCCCGCCCCUCGUGCCAGCCGGCAGUGCCAGGCCAGCCUCACCCAGGAGGACUACCCCCCUCACCACCCAGGACCCACGGGACUACUCCCCAUCUCGCAAUCCUAAAGAGGUAGAGGCUCGGUAGCUUGUUAGAAAAGUGCACAAGGUGUUACUAGACGCACUCACAAGCCCUGCUCCCCUAAUCUGAGAACUUCUUGCGAACAAAAUGCACUGCUCUUCACCAGAGAAGAGCAAAACUCCCUAACGGAAAGGGUAUGAUUGUACAAAGUAAAGGUGUGUAAGGCUGAUUAAGCACAUGCCAUGACUUUAUUUUUAGCGGACUGAAGGUUGAAUAAUGUCGGUAAAGAGAACAUAAAUAUGUGUAUGUUUAUAUCCGACUUAAAUAUUUGAUAAUUAUUAAUAUAUUAAUCCAAUACCUUUUUUCAGCUUUGUGCGAAAAGAGAGGUCCUGAAAUGAGUUUGUACAUUUCCUAUCCUUGUUCCAUGUAUAGAUAUCAUUUCUAUGAAUUUUAUGUAUUUUGUGCAUUAGUCACGCCUUUUACAAUAUUUAUCCCAGUUGAUUGUGAGACAUAUCCAUUAUGACCCACUGUAAAGACUGGAUUUGGUUUCAACCUUCAGUAAUUUAACCUCAUGGUACCAGGAUAUCCUCAAUGAUGACAAUGUACAAUGUUACAUUACCGAUUUGUUUUGUUCAUUCGUUUUGCCUUUGAGAUAUGCAGAUAAAUAUAUAUUAUGAGGUCUUUGUUCAGUCUCUGUAAAGAAAACCAAUGUAAAUAACUUGUUGAUAUUCCUUCGCUGCAAAAUUACCAUGUAAAUUUAUUAGUCUUUUUAACCAUUUCUAGAAAAACAAAAUUAAAUGAAACAUGGGGAAUCAACUUCCCUGUUGAAUAUCAUGGCAACAGACAAGCCUGGCCAAUGGAUGGGGAAGUAUGACGGGAGGGUGUUGUAAGGGGGCCUAGAAGGAUCAUCUGCAAUCUAUGCAAAGCAGCACACAGCACCCUAAUGAAGAGAUCACCCAGAGGGAGCAGACGAUACUGGUGAUGCUGAGAGAAACUUGGAUUAACACAUGUUUAUAUUAUCAAUGAAAUAAUGAUGGAAUUAUUAAAAGACUUCCAAGUCACAAACUGGACCAGCCCCGGACAGAAAAGAAGGACACUUUUUAGUGGGCGGACAAAAAGACUUUCUCUGUCAACCUUGUGGUGUUGUGCAGUUGUUUUUCUUAGACUCUUGUAUACAAAACAAGUAGAGUUUUAGGCGUGCAAAAAAAUGAAAAUGAACAUUCUUGGUUUAAAAUGUACGGAAUAAAGUUUGGACCUAAUGUCAUA